CGCAGUGGAGGAGGGUGUGCGAUCAGCUAUCUAAGACUGCCAAUUUCCGCGGCGUCACCGGAAGCGGCUUUUGAACCUUCCGAAAUACAGCCGCCGACCGGGCAUGCGGAGGGGUGAUCAGCCAGAGUGGAACGCGCCAGCAUUGAACGAGCACGUGAUCGAAGGUCGUGAGAGGGUCGUCUUCAUCCCAACACUCGAAAUGAGCCAGCAGGGGAGCAAAGCAGUCGGAGCCGAGCCCUCGUCCAUCCAGAGUCAGGCAUCAGGCGACUCCGCAGGAGGCGACAGUCGGCAGUUGGGCUCGUCCCUCAUGGAGCCCAGUGUGGACUCCGGUAUCCUGGACACCACGCGGGUCGAAGACAUCGGCGGCGGCCCGCCAACGCUGUGGCGCCGAGUGGUGGACGCCGUGCUGCUGAUCAGGCUGGAGAUCUUCCUCGCUUUGUUCAUCGUCUCGAGGUUUAUGACCAUGACACCCAUCCAGGACCUGCUUCUCCAGAAGGCCUGCCUCAACCGGAUGCACUACAACGAGAGCAUCUGCUCGCACCUGGACGACUACGAGGACAUCAAGGACAGGGCCGAGAAAGCAGCGAGCAUGACUAGCAUGAUCCGCACCGUCAUCUCGCUGGCACCGGGCGCCGUCAUUGCCAUUUUCGUCGGGCCCUGGUGUGACAAGUACGGCUACCGGACGCCGCUCCUCAGCGCCAUGACGGGAUUCCUCAUCAGCACGGCACUUACUAUGAUGACCGUGUACCACAUGUGGAUGCCGCUCUACGUCAACAUCCUGUCGACCAUACCCGACGGCUUGAGCGGUGGCUUCAUCGCAGUCUUCACGGCCAUCUACAGUGAGGCCACCCUAACCACCGAUUCGAAGAGCAGGAGGGCCCGGUUCUUCGCUCUGAACUUCACCAUGUCGCUGUGCUCCCCGCUGGCCGGUUUCACCGGUGGUCAGCUGUACGGCCACUUUGGCUGGAGGAUGGUGCUGUACGUGGCCUUUGUCAUAGCGUGCUUGUCCAUCGUGUGGGUUCUGGUGGCCAUCAAGGACCUGGUUAAGCCCGAGCAUGCCCAGGACUCGGUCAGGGUCAAGAUUCGCAACCUGUUCGACGUGUCCAACCUGGCCGAUGGAUUCAGAACCUCGAUGAAGUCCCGACCUAACAAGGGAAAGACUCAACUGUGGUGCCUGUUUGGCGCCAUCUGCUGUGUCGUGUUCGACUUAGCGGCCAUGGGCACUAUGUACUACUACGUGCGCAAGAUGUACUCCUGGACGGUGGCGCACUACGCCACGGUCUCCUCCAUCUCUUCCGUGUGCAACGUGGUGCUGAGCAUGCCCAUCAUCUUCCUCUUCGUCAAGGUCCUCAAGAUCAGCGACCCUGCCAUGGCGCUCGUUGGUGUCUGUUUCGCCAUCGUGCAGAUGACUAUUCUGGGUCUCGCCUUCAAGGAGUGGCUCUACUACCUGCACUGUGUGGCCGGCAUCCCUACCUUCCUGGGCCAGGUUGGUGUGCGUACCCACCUUUCCAAGUUGGUGGGACAAGACGAAGUAGGUAAGGUGUUCGCCUUCCUGGCCUCUUUCGACGCGGUGGUGCCUGUCCUGGGCGAGAUUCUCAUCACGUCGCUCUUCAACUGGUCCAUCGGCUUCUUUCCGGGACUGCCUUACCUGGUGGCAGCUGGAAUCACCUUCAUCUCUGCUGCUCUCAUCGGGUACGUGGCUAAGAUCCAUAAGGAGGGUAUGAAGUACGAAGACAUGCCCAAGGAGGAGGUCCCGGUUCCCAUUAACGACUGAAGUGCUGAGCCGGAGCGGCUUGGGUGCCCUGUACGCCGCGCACACUGAAAGCUGCAUGUUGAGCGGCGGCCACAGGAAGCGCAUUCGUUUGAUAUCACCGGUAUUUCUUCGUAGACGGCGUUCGUGCGUUCGUUAUCAAUGAUUCACGAAAGCCGGCCUUUUAGCCGCAAUGCCUACACCUAUAAAGUACUUGGAAUCUCUGGUGACCACGUGGUGUAGCGUUAGGCCGAAAUUACCGCGUAACCGUGGGGAAC